AUGGAUAUUGAUGGUGAAGUUGAAGUCGAAGCAGAUUUGCCUAUUUCUUCAUCUUCAACUAAUUCAUCAGCUACAACAAAUAAAAAUGGCAGCAAAAUACCCAUACCUGUUCGGGUUAUUUUACCGACAUCAUUUCAAUUUUUUAUAAAUCCAGAAGAUAUUGAUCGUUUAUUGGAAAUGCGUCGUACAAGUUAUAAGAAAGAAAAUGAACGAAAAUUAUCAAAGUUAGGUCUACCAAUAUUAGUUGAUAAUAAUGGAUGUUUAUCAACAACAGCAACAACAACAACUGAUAAUAAUACAAAUUCUCAUCAUAUUUCAUCUUCCAAUGUUAAAUCCAUUCAACAUCGUGAUAUGGAAUGGUUAUCUAUAGUUUUACCAUUUAUUAAAAAAUAUAAUCCACAUUGUGGUAUAUGUGCAUCUAGUAAAAAUUAUGGUCGACGUUUAGAUACAGUUAAAGGUUAUUUAUUACGAGCAUAUUUUUAUUGUCAAGGUCGUGAUUGUCCAUUUAAUUGUGUUGUAACAAUAAAAGAAAGUGGAAAAGGAUUAUUAUGUUCACGUUUUUCUCAAGGAAAUAUAGUUGAUCAUAGAAAUGCUAAACGUGUUGCACGUCCAAAUCGUUCAUUAAAUAAAACAUAUUCAAAUAAUAAUAAUAAUGGAAUACGUUCAAAUAAUUCCUCAAGACGUGUUUGUAAAACAGCACAUACUGUUUUACAACAAUGGAAUCAAACAUGUGCUAAUAUAGUGACAACGAAUUCAAAUUUAAAUGAUUUAGAUUCAACAGUAACUGAUUAUGAUGAUACAUUACAUAUGUCACCAACAAAACGAUUUAUUCAUAUGUGCUGUAAUCUUGUACAAUUAACAAUAAAUUUACGUCAAGAAAUUGAUCCAACUAGUUUAUUACCAGGUGCAUUACAACAUGUUUCACUAAAACCAUUUUAUAUGGCUGUUCAUACAGAAAAUUCCAUACGUUAUUAUCAAUCGAUGUUAACGAAAAAAUCACUUGAUAAACCACCUCCACUUAUUCAUAUUAAACCAGUGACCACUAUUCAAAAACAUAAUACAAUUAGUAUAGCUAGUCAAAGUAAGUUAUUUUAA